CUGCCUUAGUGGGUGUGGGAGGGCCGCGUGUGAGGAACCGCGGAGCCGGCGGCGGGUGGGGAGGCGCGGAGGGCAGGGGACGGGACGGCAGGGUUGCUGCUCCGGAGGCGCUGGGAGACCCUGCGCCCCCGCAGCCGGGCCCCCGCCCCCUCGCGGUCUCCGCCUCCUUGCCUCACACACCCCCCGGGCCGCCAGAGCCCAGGCCCUCCCGGGGCUCCUCCUCCUUCUCUUCACACUCACCCUCCGACCCGGGUUCUCCUGCCACCCGCCGGCCUUGCAGCUUCCCGGGCGAGUCUUCGUUCUCAGGCUCUCCUUACACACACACAAGCACACGCCCGCUCCCGGGGCGGCCCUCUCCUCUCGACCCUCCUUUUCCUCUCCUCACUUACGCCGCCGUGGGAGGAGGAUUGAUGUCCCUUCAGCAUCAUGCAGCCGCCGCCGAGGAAGGUGAAAGUUACACAGGAACUGAAAAACAUUCAAGUUGAACAGAUGACAAAACUUCAAGCCAAACAUCAAGCAGAAUGUGAUUUGCUUGAAGAUAUGAGGACAUUCAGUCAGAAGAAGGCUGCUAUUGAAAGAGAGUAUGCACAGGGUAUCCAGAAGUUGGCUAGUCAGUAUCUGAAGAGAGAUUGGCCUGGAAUAAAAGCUGAUGAUCGGAAUGAUUACAGGAGCAUGUAUCCUGUUUGGAAAUCUUUUCUCGAGGGAACAAUGCAGGUAGCCCAGUCUCGGAUCAAUAUAUGUGAAAACUAUAAAAACUUCAUUUCCGAGCCUGCAAGGACAGUGAGAAGCCUAAAAGAACAGCAACUAAAAAGGUGUGUGGACCAGUUGACAAAGAUCCAAACUGAAUUGCAAGAGACAGUAAAAGAUUUAGCUAAAGGCAAGAAGAAGUACUUUGAGACUGAACAGAUGGCUCAUGCAGUACGAGAGAAGGCCGACAUCGAGGCAAAAUCUAAACUUAGUCUUUUUCAAUCAAGAAUCAGUUUACAGAAGGCAAGCGUAAAGUUAAAAGCCCGGCGAUCUGAGUGUAAUUCCAAAGCUACCCAUGCAAGGAAUGAUUAUCUUCUUACAUUAGCGGCUGCAAAUGCACACCAGGAUCGCUACUAUCAAACAGAUUUAGUUAAUAUUAUGAAGGCUCUUGAUGGAAAUGUGUAUGACCACCUUAAGGAUUAUUUAAUCGCCUUCAGCCGGACUGAGCUAGAGACAUGCCAAGCUGUGCAGAACACAUUCCAGUUUUUAUUAGAAACCUCCAGCAAGGUGGUACGAGACUAUAAUCUUCAGCUGUUUUUACAAGAGAAUGCUGUGUUUCACAAACCCCAGCCCUUCCAGUUCCAGCCUUGUGACAGUGAUACUAGCCGACAACUAGAAUCAGAAACAGGGACCACAGAAGAGCACAGUUUAAACAAAGAGGCUCGGAAAUGGGCCACACGUGUGGCACGGGAGCACAAAACUAUUGUUCACCAACAACGGGUUCUAGAUGAUCUGGAAUGCCAUGGAGUUUCAGUAUCAGAACAAAACCGAACAGAGUUGGAACAGAAAAUAGAUGAAGCUAAAGAAAAUAUUCGUAAAGCAGAGAUAAUUAAGUUGAAAGCUGAAGCCCGACUGGACCUACUAAAGCAGAUUGGUGUUUCUGUCGACACAUGGCUAAAGAGUGCAAUGAACCAAGUGAUGGAAGAACUGGAAAAUGAGCGAUGGGCCCGCCUUCCUGCAGUGACUAAUAAUGGAGCCUUACACUCGCUUAAUGCAGAUACUGAAAGAGAAGAAGGAGAAGAGUUUGAGGACAACAUGGAUGUUUUUGAUGACAGCAGUUCCAGCCCUUCUGGUACCUUAAGAAAUUACCCACUCACCUGCAAAGUUGUUUAUUCCUAUAAGGCUUCUCAACCAGAUGAGUUGACCAUUGAGGAGCAUGAGGUGUUAGAAGUGAUUGAAGAUGGAGAUAUGGAAGACUGGGUAAAGGCUCGAAAUAAAGUCGGCCAAGUGGGUUAUGUGCCAGAAAAGUACCUACAGUUUCCCACCUCGAACAGUCUGCUGAGCAUGCUGCAGUCCUUGGCUGCCUUGGACAGUCGGUCACACACAUCCAGCAAUUCCACGGAGGCCGAGCUCGUUUCAGGCAGCCUCAACGGAGAUGCCAGUGUCUGUUUCGUGAAAGCACUUUAUGACUACGAGGGCCAGACAGAUGAUGAAUUAUCUUUUCCUGAGGGAGCAAUCAUCCGAAUCUUGAACAAAGAAAACCAGGAUGACGAUGGCUUCUGGGAAGGAGAAUUCAAUGGGCGGAUUGGAGUUUUCCCAUCGGUGCUAGUGGAAGAACUUUCAGCCUCAGAAAAUGGUGACACUCCAUGGAUGCAAGAGAUUCAGGUCUCUCCUUCCCCCAAACCGCCCAGCUCCCUGCCUCCACUGCCGCUGUAUGACCAGCCUCCCAGCAGCCCUUACCCCAGCCCAGAUAAGAGGGGCUCCCAGUACUUCUCCCGCUCUCCUUCAGCAAACGAAAACAGCUUCCAUGCCGAAUCGCCAGGAUUCUCGCAGGCAUCCAGGCAUACUCCUGAGACCUCAUAUGGGAAACUGCGACCUGUUGCGAUGGACUUGGGAAGUUAAACAGAGCUCUGGAAAAGGAAGGCUAUAAAAAUAAACACAUCUUGGAAGGUCUAGCUUAUUACGCUGGCACUUUCCUCACUAAGCCAUGGUGAGACUGCCAGGUGACAACUAUGGAAAGUGUAUUUAAAUUAUAACAAGUUCUGUGAGCAUUAAAGCAGUCUAAUUGUGAAACAGAAUUUUUUUUUUUUUUCCAGCAGGCGUUUAUUGAGAACUUUUUUUCCAGGCCUCUACUUUCCUCUUCGACAGACAGUGAGAUGAUAUAAGAUACAUGCCCUUUUGAGGUUUGAGAGCUUCUAUUCUCAAAGAAAUUAUUUGUUCUUUACAAAUAAUCACCUCUACCCACCCCUUACUCGGCUGUCAUCAAAUCUAUCCCACUACCUCACUGUGAAAUAGUUCUUCCAGGGUCAUAACUUCCGCAUGGUAAUCUAGUUACAUUUGCAGUUUUAUUUUCCUAGACCCUCUUAUCAGCAUUUGACACAAUUCUUUGAGCCACUUACAACCUUUGUCUUUGUUCAUUCAGCAGAUACUGAGUGCCUUGUUAAGGACUUGGUUCGUGAUCCUAAAUGUGAUAGGAAGAUGUUGUAAGAUUGUAAACCAGAUAGUGAUAUGACUGGUUGUUCAUUUUUAAAAAUUAUUUUUACUUAAUAAUUUUUAUAAUUUUAUGUUGGCUGCACUUGGUCUUACUUGUAGCAUGUGGGCUCUUUGUCACUGAGCAUGGACUUCUCUUUAGUUGCAGUGAGUGGGCUUAGUUGCCUUGAAGCAUGUGGGAUCUUAGUUCCCCAACCAAGGAUCAAGCCUAUAUCCCUUGAAUUGGGAGACCACCAGGGACAUCCCAGCUGUGCAUUUUAAAAACACUACUGUGGCAGCUAGGUGGAAAAUGAGUAGAAAGUGUCAGAAUGAACAUGAGGAGUUGUUAGGAGGCUGGAGCAAUGGUCCAAGCAAGAGAGGACAGUAAUGUGAACUAGUGGGGAAGAGCAGUAGUGGAGAGAAGUGGACCCAUUUGUUCCACCACACUUUUCCUGGUCUGCUUUCUACUUCCUGGCCUUCCUUUUCAUUGACCUUUGAGGGCUUCUCUGCCUUUAUCCAGCUCUGUUGAUGCUUCUCAGGGUUCCAUCCACUAACCACUUCCCUCUUUUUUUUUUUAAUUUGUUUGGCUGCGUCAGGUUUUAGUUGCAGCAGGUGGAGUCUUUGUUGCAUCGUGUGGGAUCUUUUUGAUGCGCUGCACGGAGUCUGUAGUGUGGGCUCCAGCGCACACAGGCUUUAGUAGCUGCUGUGUGCAGCCUCGGUAUUUGGGCACUCAGGUCAGCCUCUCAGCUGUUCCAUGGCAUGUGAGAUCUUAGUUCCCUGACUAAGGGUUGAACCCAUGUCCCCUGCAUUGCAAGGCAAAUUCUUCACCAUUGAGCAACCAGAGGAGUCCCAGGGCUACUGCUCUUAAAGUCGUUAAACUUACUCCUGAGUUAUCUCAUUUACUCCCAAGACUUUGAUAACCAUUUAUUUCCUGACAGCUCCCAGAUUUAUAACUACCUAUCCAAUCUCUUCUCUGAGCUUCAGAUCUAUGGAAAUCUUAGUGUAUAUAUAUAGCAAACCCCCAAAACUAGCAAAAAAACUAGUUAAUUAUCCUCCUUCUCAGACAUCAUCCUUCUCCCUUAUUUCCCAUCCUGGUGAGUGGUACCCCUAUUCUGCUAGUGCUUUGGGAUCACUCGUGACACCUCCCUGACCUGCCUUUCAUGAAGAGUCAUCGCAAGGCCCGCCAGGGUUACCUAGAGAUGACUGUCAAGUUGUCCCCCUCCAUUCCCCCAGUGCCAGCCAACAUCAGCUCUCUUUCAGACGAUCACAGGAGGCUCCAAAACUGUCAACCUGUAUUCCUGCCCUCCACCACUCUUUUCUUCAAACUUUUACCUGAGUCAUCUUUUCACACAUCUAAUAUUACUGCUUAAAUCCCUCAAAGACGCUUCUUUGCCUACAGAAUAAGGCUCAGAUUUUUAAAUAUGAGUUAAUAAGGCCCUUCAUGACUUACCCCAGCCUGUCUCUCUAGUCUCAUCUCUUGCAUCUCUCCUUCCAAGACACAUUUAAAGGUUUUUCAGUUCUCCAAGCAUUGCUCUCUCUCGCUUCCAACUCUAGGCCUUUGCUUGGGCCAAGGUUGUCAGGACUACAAAGACUCUUGUGGCCAUGAGGCUUUCAGCCCAGGGAAGAACCUGAGUCUUGAGUUUCACAUUUCAUCCAGAGCAGUCGGUCCUUCUCAAUGUAAGAAGCUAUAAAAAUUAAGUUGAAAGCACAUGCCUAGAACAUUUCUGAGAGCCCUCGGGUGCCCAUGUCCUUGAAUAAGUGAUUGGUCGGAUUUCGAUGCUUCAGCCACUGAAUCAGGAAGCUGACUGACCAUGUGAUGGUUUCCUGCUCAGGUCCGGGCAGCUCCCCCUCCUCCUACGCAGAACCACCGAAGGCCCGCAGAGAAGAUCGAGGAUGUGGAAAUCACACUGGUGUGAUGAUGGGUUUGCCUGUCCGU